AUGGUGUGGCCUGCCAUGCGCAUCGGUCGUUGCAGCUGGCAGUGCAUCCGAGCAGGUUUGAUCCAACAUCGUCGCUUUGCCAGCUUACCAGUCGGUUGGCAGGAGUUCUACAGCGAACCGCAUGCCCGACCGUACUACUGGCACAAAGACAGCGGCAAAUCGCAAUGGCAUCCGCCUGAGGCGACUCAGGCAGGUGCACACCACGAUGCGGGGGAGCUACCGCUGGGCUGGGAAAGUGUGUUCAGCAAGGAACAUGGCGACAGCUAUUUCUGGCAUCAGCCAAGUGGCCGCACCCAGUGGCAUCGCCCCACGGCAACUCCACAUGCGCAAGAACCAGCGCCUGCCCAGAUCCAGGUCGAGCGUUCGACCCCAAAGGAAAAGGUUGUCGUCACUGGCGAGGACAACCGUGCUGAGUGGGAAAGCAUAUUCAGCGAGGUACAUGGUCGACCAUACUAUUGGCACCGAACGACUGGAAAGACGCAGUGGCUACAUCCACAUGAAAAUCAAGGGUCCAAGGCGACAAGCGAUGCAGCACCAACUCCAGAGGCUGCCGCCCCGAGAUCUUCUACGCCAAGCGUAGCGCCCGAGGACAGCCCACGCCAGGACUUAGAGCAGAAACCAGGAGGUGAUUGGAAGGUGGUGUGGAGCGAAGAACACAAUAGGAACUACUAUUGGCAUGUGCCCUCUGGCCGGACUUCCUGGGAACAGCCCUCCGAGUUGCUGAACGACCCACAUGUGCAACGAUUGACUCGCCUGUUGGAAGCCUGGCGGGAGAUCCUUCACGGGGCUGAAGUGGGACAGGAGAUUCAGGACGCGCAACAGAACCAAAUCGUGCAGGAGCUCCUGCAGUACCAUCCAGAUACCGAUCGCAAAAUUGGUGUAGGGCUGCGUUCCUUUAAGGUUGACAUGGCGCCGCCACCAAAUGACAAGCACCGGUGCUUCUGGGUCAUUCGGGUAGAUGGUUCGGAGGAAGAUUUUUCUGCGCGCAAGUGUUCCUCUGCAAUCCGUCGAAAACUGCGUGAGUCUCGAUUGUCUUCGCCGUGA